GCAGCAGCAGCAGCGUCAGCAGCAGCAGCGUCAGCAGCAGCGUCAGCAGCAGCAGCGUCGCAGCAGCAGCAGCAGCAGCAGCAGCGUCAGCAGCAGCAGCGUCAGCAGCAGCAGCAGCAGCAGCAGCAGCACCAACAGCAGCAGCAGCAAUGGCAGCAGCAGCAGCAGCAACAGCAGCAGCCGCGGCAAAGUUUGCCUCAUCGCAAACAGACGCAGCUGCAGCUUUCUCCACGACUGCAGCAGCAACAGCAGCAACAGCAGCAGCCGCAGCAACAACAGCAGCAGCAGCCGCAGCAGCUGCUCUGGACAACGGUGGUAAGAAGCUGCCCGUCCCAGCGGCAACGCCAACUGCAGCAGCAACAGCAGCAACAGCAGCAGCAGCAGCAGCAGCAAGGUGAGCGCUAUGUCCCACCACAGCUCCGGCAGCAACGACAGCAGCAGCAGCCGCAGCAGCAGCAGCAACAGCGUCCGCAGCAACAGCGACCGCAGCAACAGCGACCUCAGCAGCAGCGAUCACAGCAGCGAAAGCCGGCCAAGCCCGAGCUUAUCGAGGUAUCACCCAAUGAAGGUCAGGAUUGGGAGAGCCUUCUGCUGCUUGUGCAAACGGCAGUUAGGACUGACGAGCGCUACAAGCCGCUUAAGGACCACGUCGUCCUGGGCCGCCGCACCAGUAAGGCGUUGCUGCGACUCACGCUCAGCCGCAAGGCGAAUGCUGCAGCAGGUCCCUGCCAUCGUGGGCAGUGCUGGAGUGUGUCGGCACGUCACGGAAAUGGCGUCACUGGUCAUUCAUGACGUCGACCCGCUAG